AUGGUUGAAUUGACAGAAGUUGAGGAUGAGUCCUUUGAGCAAAAGCAAGCUGGACCAUCUGAGGAUGAUUACUACACGGAUACUGAUUCCGAGAUUUCCUCUGACGAAGAGGACAAUGUCGCAGAUGAGGAGACUUUCGCAGACCGCAUAAGUGCCCUGAAAGAUAUAGUACCAGCAUCUACUCGUUCAUUCAUCUCCAGCAAGGUGGAUGCAACUACAACUUGGAUCAAAUCGGGCUUGAUGUUUGGAGGCAAGACUUUAUUUGUUGUGAGCACAAGUGCUUUGUUAUUGGGAGUUCCAUGGGCAUUGGCAUUUGUGGAGGAGCAGCAGGUAGUUGAAAUGGAGAAGGAGAUGAAGAUGAGAGAGAUGGGUGGAGAGUUACUUUCCUCGGGCACAGAUACAGCAGGACAGUUGAACGCUCAACUUGGCGCACAACAAGGAAAGCCAGCAUUGUAA